AUGCUCAUGAAGUCCUUGGUUUCACAGCAAGAGCCGUUGGAGGCCUUUGGGCUGCCCUCUUCUGGGGCUUCGGCACCGGCGUGGGGACGUCAGCUGUUUGGCGGGGAUCGCAUGGCAUCGCAUGGUUUUUGUUACAUGUUUCAGGUGGCGCCAUCCUCGGAAGGCCAAAGGACGAGCCUCCUGCAGGCAGGGAGCUAUUUUCAUGGUAUUUUAACUUCCGAAUGCGAGUGGCGCAAGCAAGAAGACAACGGGCCGACAGAUGUGCAGUACAAGCCAAACAGCCCUGUCGGCAGCAAUUCGACAGCGCCAUGGCGCUUUGUGCAGGUGCUACUUUGUGUUCUCCUGCUUUCGCAGCUGGCAAGAAGUUGGUGA